AUGCUAAAAACUGGAUCUGGGCACCCAUUGUUGCUUCCAUUAUAUUACUUCUUUUUUUUGCUGGUCUACUUUGAAGAAAAGAGACAAAAGAGAGACGACGAAUAUUUCUUGGAGCUAAUAGCUUCUGACAGCUUCAAGGAUGCAAGUAAUCUUGAAAGUAAUGGCAGAAAAGGAAGCGACUUGAUGGUGUUCAGCUUUGCUGCCAUAGUGACAGCCGCAAAUGACUUCACAAGUGAAAAUAAGCUCGGAGAGGAUGGUUUUGGACCUGUUUAUAAGGGGAAACUUAGUGAUGAACAGGAAAUUGCAAUUAAAAGGCUUUCAAUAACAUCGGGACAAGGGCUUGUUGAAUUCAAAAAUGAACUCAUUCUUAUUGCCAAACUUCAACAUACAAAUCUUGUUUGGGUUCUAGGCUGUUGUAUUCGUGGAGAAGAAAAAAUGUUGAUUUAUGAGUACACGCCGAACAAGAGCUUGGAUUUCUUUUUCUUUGAUGAAACAAGAAAGACACUACUAGACUGGCUGAAACGAUGGAACAUCAUUGAAGGGAUUGCUCAAGGGUUGCUUUACUUACAUAAAUAUUCAAGAAUGCGAGUUAUUCACAGGGAUUUGAAAGCAAGUAAUGUUUUGUUGGAUGAAAGCAUGAAUCAUAAGAUUUUUGAUUUUGGUAUGGCGAGAAUCUUCAAACAAAAUGAGACCGAAGCAAUUACCAAUAGGGUGGUUGGAACAUAG